AUGGAUUCUCGAAUUCUCGAAGCUUCAAACAAACAUCCCAAACCCGCACAUCGCGUUUUCCAAUAUGGAACUGCGGGAUUUCGUAUGAAGGCCACCCUUCUCGAUUCAGUCGUCUUCCGCGUUGGUCUUGUCGCGGCUCUUCGCUCUCGCAAACUCGGUGGUCAAACCAUCGGCGUUAUGAUUACCGCGUCGCACAACCCGCCUGAGGAUAAUGGUGUCAAGUUGGUGGAUCCGAUGGGAGAGAUGUUGGAGAAUAGUUGGGAGGCUUAUAGUACACAGUUGGCCAAUGCGAAGAGUGAGGAUGUAGUGCAAGUUUAUCGCAAGUUGGAGAAGGAUUUAAAAAUCAACCCGGAGACUCCUGCGAGAGUUAUCUAUGCGAGAGAUACUAGACCUUCGGGCCCGAGAUUGGUUGCAGCUCUUGUCGAUGCUCUCGAGGCUACAGGAACAGAUUAUACCGACUUCAAAUUGCUUACCACGCCUCAAUUGCAUUAUUUGACGAGAUGCACGAAUACGGAGGGUACACCACAAGCUUAUGGAGAUGUUAGUGAAGUCGGAUACUAUGAGAAGUUGGCAAAGGCUUUCGUGAGGGCUAUGAAAGGCAAAAAGACUUUUGGAUCAGUCACUGUUGAUUGUGCCAAUGGUGUCGGAGGUCCCAAAUUGCAUGAGUUGAUCAAGUAUCUACCAAAGGGUAUCCUCAAUAUCAAGGUCAUCAAUGAUGACGUUAUCAGACCAGAGAGAUUGAACCAUGAUUGCGGUGCCGAUUUCGUCAAGACCAAACAACGAGCCCCUCCUUCAUCGAGAGCUGGAACCAAUGAUCGAUGCUGCUCAUUAGAUGGAGAUGCCGAUAGAAUCAUCUAUUACUUCAAUGAUCCUGAUCUUGGAUUCCGUCUAUUGGAUGGUGAUAGAAUUGCCACACUUGCAGCUUCAUUCAUUACCGAUCUUGCGAAAGACGCUGGACUCGCAGAUGAAUUGAGAAUUGGUGUCGUACAAACUGCAUACGCCAACGGUGCUAGUACCAAGUAUGUCGAGAAAACAUUGAAGCUUCCUGUUGUUUGCACUCCUACUGGUGUGAAAUGGUUACAUCACGCAGCAACCAAGUUCGAUGUCGGUGUUUAUUUCGAAGCAAAUGGUCACGGAACUGUAGUCUUCUCUCAACAAGCCUUAAAGGCAGUUACUAGCACGGAACCAGAAUCCCCUGCUCAAGCUAGCGCAUUGGAAGCUCUUCGUGCUCUCACUGAUCUCAUUAAUCAAACAGUCGGAGAUGCGCUUUCUGAUAUGUUGCUCGUUGAAACAAUUCUCGCUCAUAAGUCUUGGACACCAAAAGAAUGGGACCAAACCUACGUUGAUUUACCCAAUCGUCUCGUCAGAGUUGAAGUCAACGACCGAAACGUAUUCAAGACCACUGACGCCGAGAGAAAACUUCUAGAGCCACAAGGUACACAAACACAAAUUGAUGCACUUGUUGCCAAGUUCAAGGAUGGUAGAAGUUUUGCCAGAGCUAGUGGGACGGAAGAUGCUUUGAGGGUAUAUGCUGAAGCCGCUACGAGAAGUGAAGCGGAUGAUCUUGCUACCAAGGUUGCAUCCUUGUGUAAGAUUGAGGGAAGCAUUAAAGGUUAG